AUGGCCACCUACAAGCAACUCCAACGCGAGCCAGCUUUUAGGGAGCUGUUAAGCAAGAGAAUCGCAACUCUGCAAGAUCUAUUUGAUAGUUCCAAGGACUCGGCCUUUAUAGCAAUCGACACCGAGCAUUUUCCUAUCGCAAGCGGAAAGGAUCGGAUCCUCCAUCAGGUCGGCCUGGCACAUGUUCGAACUUUGAUACAAGAUUCGCCUGAAACGGACGUAGCAUCACGCAGUACCAGCCGUCCAUGCUUUCAGAAUUUCUACAAUGAGAAUAAGAUCCGGGCUUUAACGCUUAAUAUCAAUAUUGGCAAAGAAAAGCGAGAGGAAAUUGUUUGUCUUAAGGGGGAAGGUGGCGUGCCAACUCGGCGUCGGCACCGCUUUGGCCGAGAGCAACAAGUCGAUCUUGAAAAUUUGGAGGGGAUCAUUGUUGACUUCAUGCAGGGCUGUAAGGGCAAGGCAAAUUUGGUUCUGAUGGGGUUUGAGAUGGCAGCUGAGUGGACAUACUUGUCUAGACACUUUGCUCGUGCCGUACCUUUUUUCUCGGCGUGGGUGGAUCUUCGGGAUGUUUGCAAAGAUAUAAGUUUGUCAGUUGGGGUGAUUCUCGGGCUGAUAUCUUUGUUGAAGAUUUUUGGAUAUCAUUGGAAGGACAUUCAGCCUGAUAGAGGGGAUCUGGGCGGCGGCAUUGCUGAUAAUGCUGGAGAUGAUGCUGUGUGCAACUUGCGUGUUAGCCAGCGCUCUUCUUGA